AUGAACAGACAGGAUAGACAAAGUAUUUUCAAUGAACACUCAGAGCAGAUGCUUAACUGUGGUGGUAGAGAUAAGAAGGAAGAGACUAAAGUAUAUGAUCUACCAGAUAUUAUAGAAGAAAGUGCCAAAUUAGGUAAUGUAAAUCUUUUACACAAGAAGAGUUUAUCAUCAAAUAUAAUUGACAAUUUAUUAAUUUCUCAUAAACAAAGUAAAUAUGAUGAAUCUUCUAAUAGUGUAAUUGCUAAAGUGGUUGAUGGAGCAAUUGAUAAGAUUAAUGGAAGCAUUACCAGUGAUAAGAAUACAAUAGAUAUUUCUAUCAGUAAAAUUCAUAAGAUCUCCAACCCACUCAUAACUGAUAGAACAUUUUCAUUUCAAGAUUCACUUGAUUUUUUCAAGAAUCUAUCAAAGUCUAAUGAAAGUUCAAACGAUUUAGUUGAUAAUGAGGUGAUUGAUAAGAUUGUAAGUGAAACGAGUAGUAGUAGAGUUCAUAAAAAUUCUCAACAACUCGUUUCCAGUAGAAUAUUCUCAUUUCAAGAUUCACUUGAUUUUUUCAAGAAUCUAUCAAAGUCUAUUAAAGACACAAAUGAUUUAAUUGAUAAUGAGGUGGUUGAUGAGAAAUGUGAUAGUAUAUAUAGUAGUAGAAUAGAUGUGUCUACUACCAGAGUUCAUAAAUCCACCCAACCACUUAUUACUGAUAGAAUGUUCUCAUUCCAAGAUUCUCUCAGUUUCUUUAAGAAUCUUUCAAAAUCUAAUAAAGGUUUAAAUAAUAAAACUGCAAGCAUUUUAUAUCAAGAAGAAUUUAAGUCUCAUGUAAACAAUCAUAAUAGAAUUAAAACCUACCAGAAAGACAAUUCAAAUAUAACAAACUUUAAAGACUUCUAA